AUGGCGGCAAUCAUACGAACGGGGACAUAUGGAAUUCUAGUUGCACGAAGUCAAUGGACUCUAGCGCAUAAUAAUACUGCCUGGCGAUCAAGUAUGAAACGAUUUUCUAGGCUACGUUUCAAUCACAUAACUACUACUCGUAAAACAUUUCAUGGAGCGUCCACUGUCGGCGGCCCUGGACCAGGCCUUGGCAAAGUUGCCGUGACAGACGCAUCGGAACUAAACUCAUUAGCAAUAAUUAAAACUAUGUUGAGAUUUAUUUGGCCUAAGAAUAAAAUAGGUUUAAAAGCACGUGUUAUAGGAUCAUUGAGCCUGCUAGUUGGUGCUAAGCUCUUGACCCUCCAAGUUCCUUUCCUUUUUAAACACGCUGUGGAUCAUUUGAACAAUGUUACCAACAACACAUUAAACAUGAAUGAGCCAAUAAUGGCAAUCUUUACAGUUUCUACUGCGUUACUGAUUGGCUAUGGAAUAGCAAGAGCUGGAGCUGCAUUAUUUAGUGAAUUACGCAAUGCUAUUUUCGCCAAAGUAGCUCAUGAUUCUGUUAGAACGAUUGCCAAGAAUUCAUUUCGCCAUUUGCAUUCCCUUGACCUUAAAUUUCAUCUUGGACGCAAUACGGGAGCUCUUUCCAAAGCCAUUGAUCGUGGCACGAGGUCUGUAAAUACUGUCUUGAGUGCGUUGUUAUUUAACGUGUUCCCUACUAUUCUCGAAGUGUCUCUAGUGUCUGGAGUUUUGGCAUAUAAAUGCGGCCAGCCGUUUGUCUUGGUUACUAUGGGCACUAUUGCUGCGUAUGCAGUAUUUACCUUAGGUAUAACGCAAUGGAGAACAAAAUUUAGAGCUCAAAUGAACGCAGCUGAUAACGAAAGUGGCUCUAAGGCAAUCGAUUCACUAAUUAACUAUGAAACUGUUAAAUAUUUUAACAACGAAGCACACGAAGCAGAACAAUAUAAUAAACAUUUGAUAAAAUUUGAAGAGGCUUCUCUAAAGACAUCAACUAGUCUUUCAACACUAAAUUUUGGCCAACAUAUGAUAUUUAGUGUCGGUUUAACAGGAAUGAUGCUAUUAGCCAGUCAAGAAAUAAUUGCAGGAACCAUGACAGUAGGAGAUUUAGUCAUGGUAAAUGGAUUACUUUUUCAACUAUCUAUUCCACUAAAUUUCCUCGGUUCAGUUUAUCGAGAUGUUCGUCAAUCGCUCAUUGACAUGCAAACAUUAUUCAACUUAAUGGAUGUCAAGUCUUCCAUCCGAGAUAAAGCAGAUUCAAAGGUUAUGAAUAUUGACGCAUCUAACUCCAAUAUCGAAUUUAAAGACGUUAUCUUCGAGUAUGAGGAUGGCCGUAAAAUCCUAGAUGGCAUAUCGUUUACUGUAGCUGCAGGAAAAACAGUAGCAAUUGUUGGUGGAAGUGGUUCAGGAAAAUCGACCAUCCUAAGAUUAUUAUUCCGCUUUUAUGAGCCCCAAAGAGGACAGAUAUUAAUUAAUGGAUGUAAUAUAAACGAUAUUACCUUGCAUAGCUUACGGAAAGCUAUUGGUGUAGUACCUCAAGAUACAGUCUUAUUUCAUAAUACAAUCUUCUAUAACAUUAACUACGGUAUGCUUUCUGCGUCUGAGGAUGAUGUCCUUGCAGCUUCUCAUAUGGCUGACUUACACCAUAGCAUAUUACAAAUGCCUAAAGGUUAUGAUACAUUAGUUGGUGAACGCGGUCUUAAACUGUCAGGCGGUGAAAAACAGCGGGUGGCUAUUGCAAGAACUAUUCUAAAGAAUCCACCAAUUAUUUUCUACGACGAAGCUACUUCAAAUUUAGAUUACAUUACCGAACAGACAAUAAUGGAAUCUCUAAAGAAAGUAACCAAAGGCAAAACAUCGAUUUACGUAGCUCAUCGCCUAUCAACAAUUACCGAUGCUGACGAAAUUUUAGUAUUAGGAAACGGACGCGUUUUAGAAAGAGGAAAUCAUGAAUCGCUUUUAAGCGAUCCAAGUACUUACUAUUCAUAUCUAUGGAAUAGCCAAAUGAGAUCAAAUAGUAAAAAAAGUAACGGUUCGACGCAGAAGUUGGAUUAA